CAUCCUCCUCUUUGAUUACUAUCUGACACUAUGGCUCGCGGACCUAAGAAGCACAUGAAGCGCCUUAACGCUCCCAAGCACUGGAUGCUUGACAAGCUCCUUGGCUCAUAUGCUCCCAAGCCCAGCGCUGGUCCCCACAAGACCCGUGAAUGUCUUCCUCUUAUCAUCUUCUUGCGUAACCGUCUGAAGUAUGCUUUGAACGGAAAGGAAGUCCAAAACAUCCUUAUGCAACGUCUUGUUAAAGUCGAUGGAAAGGUUCGCACUGACAGCACCUACCCUGCCGGUUUCAUGGAUGUCAUCUCUAUUGAGAAGACUGGUGAGAACUUCCGUCUCAUCUAUGACGUGAAAGGUCGCUUCACUAUCCACCGCAUUACCGAGGAGGAAUCCAAGUACAAGCUUUGCAAGGUCCGUAAGGUCCAAUUAGGUGCUAAGGGCAUUCCCUAUGUCAUCACCCAUGACGGCCGUACCAUCCGUUACCCCGAUCCUUUGAUCAAGGCCAAUGACACUAUCCGUUAUGAUGUCGAGACUGCCAAGAUCUCUGAUUUCAUCAAGUUCGAAGUCGGUAACGUCUGCAUGGCUACUGGAGGUCGUAACAUGGGUCGUGUUGGUGUUAUUGUUCACCGUGAACGUCACAUCGGCGGUUUUGAAAUUGUCCACGUUAAGGAUUCCCUUGACCGUCAAUUUGCUACCCGUAUGUCCAACGUCUUCGUUAUUGGUCAAGGCAAUAAGCCCUGGAUCUCUCUUCCCAAGCAGAAGGGUAUCAAGCUCACCAUUUCUGAAGAGCGUGACCGUCGCAGACAACAACAGCAAUAAAUUUACCACCUGUUUUUACUUAUCUGUCUUGUUUUUACCUAUUGUAAAUAAAAAUCAUAUCUUAGCUCAUGGAAAU